GGUGGGGAGUGAGGGGCCACGGUCAACGACCAGGGGACGCUUUGGCGAAGCCAGAGAUGUAGUAUAAACGUUAAUGGAUGUCCAGGCUGCGCCGUUUCGCCGGCCCCUGGGCAGAGGUACUAGAGAGGCGCCGGCAGGAGCUCUGGCGAGGAUGCACCUUCCCCUGCCUUGGAAAGGGUGUGACAGAUGUGUUGUGUGAAGCUUGUGACCAGUUGGGAUGGACGAAGCCCACCAAAAUCCAGAUUGAAGCUAUUCCUUUGGCCUUACAAGGUCGUGAUAUCAUUGGGCUGGCAGAAACUGGCUCUGGAAAAACGGGGGCCUUUGCUUUGCCUAUUCUGAAUGCGCUGCUGGAGACGCCCCAGCGUUUGUUUGCUUUAGUUCUCACUCCCACCCGAGAGCUGGCCUUCCAGAUUUCUGAGCAGUUUGAAGCCCUGGGGUCAUCUAUUGGAGUGCAGAGUGCUGUGAUUGUAGGUGGAAUUGAUUCAAUGUCCCAAUCUCUGGCCCUGGCAAAAAAACCACAUAUAAUAAUAGCAACUCCUGGUCGACUGAUUGACCACUUGGAAAAUACAAAAGGUUUCAACUUAAGAGCUCUCAAAUACUUGGUCAUGGAUGAAGCAGACAGAAUAUUGAAUAUGGAUUUUGAGACAGAGGUCGACAAGAUUCUCAAAGUGAUUCCCCGAGAUCGGAAAACAUUUCUGUUCUCUGCUACCAUGACCAAGAAGGUGCAAAAACUUCAGCGAGCAGCACUAAAGAAUCCUGUGAAAUGUGCUGUUUCCUCUAAAUACCAGACAGUUGAGAAAUUACAGCAAUAUUACAUUUUUAUUCCCUCUAAAUUCAAGGAUACCUACCUGGUUUAUAUUCUAAAUGAAUUGGCUGGAAACUCCUUUAUGAUAUUCUGCAGCACCUGUAACAAUACUCAGAGAACAGCCUUGCUACUCCGAAAUCUUGGAUUUACUGCCAUCCCCCUCCAUGGACAGAUGAGUCAGAGCAAGCGUCUUGGAUCCCUCAAUAAGUUUAAGGCAAAGGCUCGUUCCAUUCUUCUGGCCACUGAUGUUGCAAGCCGAGGUUUGGACAUACCGCAUGUGGAUGUCGUGGUCAACUUUGACAUUCCUACCCAUUCCAAGGAUUAUAUCCAUCGAGUAGGUCGAACAGCUCGAGCUGGGCGCUCUGGGAAGGCUAUUACCUUUGUCACCCAAUAUGAUGUGGAGCUCUUCCAGCGCAUAGAACACCUAAUUGGGAAGAAACUGCCUGUCUUUCCAACACAGGAUGAUGAGGUUAUGAUGCUGACAGAACGUGUGACUGAAGCCCAAAGAUUUGCCCGAAUGGAGUUGAGGGAGCACGGAGAGAAGAAGAAACGUGCGCGGGAGGAUGCUGGGGACAACGAUGAUACGGAGGGCGCUAUUGGGGUCAGGAACAAGGUGGCUGGAGGAAGAAUGAAGAAACGGAAAGGCCGCUAAUCUCUUUGAUAGAGACUUGAUUUCUGCUCCGUUUUGUAAAAAGGGGAUUGAAGAAAAGAAAGAAGGCUCCAACAGAGUUCUUCAGACUGAAAUCUGAGAAUUACAUCCAGAAUCCGCUCAGCUAAUUCCAUAGUUAUCCCCCUCUCUGUGUGCUGGAGUGCCAGUGCCGCAGAACAUUGCUCCCAGUGCUCAUGGCGGGCCCUUACUGUUUUCAGCUUUGGUUCUGGCACGUGCUGUGAGGAGGAUGUGUCCUUCGGUCCCUUCACACAGACCUUUUGCUUUUUUCAGCUUCAAGUCAAGGACCAGGUUGAUGAAGCACUUGACCUGUAAUUGUAAAGAAGCUCCUACGUUUAUAAAAUGGUGAUACUUAAGCAAUUUCAGCUUGUGCUUUGUUAGGCCUAAUGUGAAAUAAUAAAUUUAAAUAUUUUUAAAAUA